AUGGCGUGGCACAGCGUCAACGAACAGCGCAUCGUAAUAAAGUUUAACACAAAACUCGGAAAGUCUUUUUCCGAUAUUCGUGAAGAUUUGCAAAAAGUUUACGGAGAGGCUGCUCUGUCAAAAGGUGCCAUUUCAAAGUGGAUGAAGCGGUUUAAAGACGGUAGAGAGGCAACUGAAGACGACAGUCGUGCAGGUAGACCAGUGACUGUAACAGAUGAAGAAACAGUGGCUGCCAUUCAGGAGUACAUACUCCGAGAUAGACGAGUAAGUGUGGAGCACGUAGCAGAUAAGUUCGCUAUUUCAUAUGGUACAGCUCAGGGCAUUAUGACUGAUAGAUUAGGAAUGCGCCGCGUUUCAGCAAGAUGGGUGCCUCGUUUGUUGACGUCGGAGCAGAUGGGGGUAAGGGUGAAAAUGUGUCAGCAGUACGACAGGAGGUAUCGUGAAGAAGGCGAUUACUUUCUAAAUCGAGUGACAACAUGUGAUAAAACGUGGACUCACUUUUUUGAACCGGAAAGCAAACGUCAGAGUUCUGUCUGGAAGCAACAUUCCUCGCCUUCCCUAAAAAAGCAAUAA